AUGUUACUCGAUAUACAGGCACUACAGUCUAUGUCCGUUUUGACAGUCCUUACAGGGAUUCUUAUUCUAUACUUUCUUCUCUCGUCCGCACAGCGAAUCUACAAUAUAUACUUCCAUCCACUUUCUAAGUUUCCUGGACCAUGGUAUCGAUCUGCAUUCCAUUUCCCAUACCACUACGAGCAAAUCAAAGGUCAUGCACCGCACAACUACAUAAAACUUCAUGAGAAACAUGGACCGGUUGUUCGUAUCGGACCUGAUCAACUAUCCUUCACUUGUUCGCAAGCAUACAAAGAUAUAUACGGUUUCCACUCACAUCGUCGCCAAGUUCCCAAAGACUUCAAGCGCUUCCCAAACGUCCCUAUUGACUGGCCUCUGUUUGGCUCAGACGAUGGUGAACACAGCCGUCUUCGCCGCCUCGUCGCGCACGCCUUUUCGGAGACCGCACUUCGGGAGCAGGAGCCUCUCAUUCAGUCUCAUAUUCAUGGUCUUGUUCAGAAGAUCCGUUCCGUUAUCGACGUAGACCCAGAGACUCAUUUCGAUAUGAGUAAAUACUUUGAUCUUCUGUCAUUUGACAUUAUUACAGAUCUCACGUAUGGUGAAAGCUUUGACGGCGUGCGAACCGGAGAGACCAAUCAAUUACUGAAGGAUCUGUAUCAAGGUAGCAAACUCAAUCCAAUCUUACUAACAAGCUGGGACUAUGCACCACUGAUGUGGCUCCUGAAAUUUUUGUUCAGUCUUCCCAAAGCAAAAGAGCUGCAGGAGGGGGAAGAAAAAGGUCAAAAAGAUAGAAUGAAUAGGAGGAGAGCGAAGGGUACUGAUGCGAAGAAAGACUUCAUGUCUUAUAUCCUUGUCGAUGAAGGCAAAGACAACGAUAGCCUAACUGAGAACGAGAUUCUUGGUUUGGCACGGCUAUUCGUGGGUGCUGGAGGAGAAGAGCCCGCGAGUAUGAUGUCGACUAUACUCUAUUACCUUCUCACAAAUCCCAGUGCCCAUGACAGAGCUCGGAAGGAGAUUCGAGAUGCAUUUGUGUCGAUUGAAGAGAUUAACAAUGUCAAACUCGCGCAAUUACCCUAUCUUGGCGCAGUCAUCUCUGAGACAUUUAGAAUCCACCACUCAGGGGCCCAGCGUUUUUCGCGACGGACUACUCGCACAGAAAUGAUUGGUGGCUAUGAAGUGCCUCCAAAUACUUCAGUCGAUGUAAAUCACCAUGUGAUCGGCCGCGUGUCUGCUAACUACGCUGAACCUACUUUCUUCGCCCCUGAGCGCUGGCUCUCGGAGACACUAGAUCAAUUUAAAUUCGAUGAUAAGGCAGCUUUGCAACCAUUCGCCACUGGCCCAAGAGCAUGCUUGGGAAAAAAUGUUGCAUACCUCGAGAUACGUACAACACUAGCGUAUCUUUUAUGGACGUUCGAUAUGGAACUCAUUGGCGACAGCAAAGAUUGGAUCCAAGGACAGAAGAUGAAAUUGAUCUGGCAUCGGCCGCCAAUGAACGUCGGUUUCAAGGUUCGAUGA